AUGACAGCAGAAUAUCAGACAAAAAUUAAAUGGGAUGACGAAGUGUUUUCAGCAGAGUCAGUCUUGCCUUCAGAAGCUUUCCUUGGCUUCAUAACAGCCUUCAGCGAAGGGGAACUCUACAGCAUCAUCGAAGUUCAGCUCAUUCCUGGUAACUUAAUCUUGAUCUCGGUGGAAGUUCAGCUAUUAAAACGGCAUAAAUUUAAACAGUUUAAACUAAAGGAAGCGCCUCAGUGGUACCACAAGCCGUAUCCGUUCUGUGAAAUUUUGGAUCCACCAGAAUCCUCGGAAGAUCACUUUGAUUGGAGACGGAUGGGAGUCAAGAGAGAGGGGGUCUACUGUGAUGUAAGUUUUCAUAUAAAUUAUGAAUGGGAAUCCCGAAACUUCAGCUCCUUGUUCCUGUUGUUUUCUUUAACAAGAAAUGUGUUCCUAAGCCAACAUCCAACCUCACCGUGUACCGUAAUUUCAAUGCCGAGAUAUCCUACGAUUUUUGUUUCGAGAACAACGUCGGAUUUAGUCCUAUUGUUGGACCUGUGGUUUUCUUUGGGGAUACAGCCAAGUUUAACAGACACACGUUUUAUUACGUCUGGGUUAGCAGGUAAUUACAAUUUUUGAUUGUUUCGUUGUGAUCCUAUUUUCGAAGCAGGCCCGUACGGGGAGAGCCUUACGGGACGGUGAAAGGGAACACGGGAAAACAAAGCCCCGGGGAAGUCCGUACGGGGAAAACAACUAGCGCGGCUUGAAACGUCGGUUGUGACUUCUGUGAUUUCUUGCAGUUUUGCGAACUUACAAUUUGUCAUCGUAGAGACUUUCCCGGGCUUUGCGUUCCCCGCAUGCCCUUUGCUAUGGCCUUCCCGGGACCUCCUCCCCCUUCAGGCAGUAACCAAUAACUUUAUAGACCGAGAAAUGAACUUUUGGCUGUGAUAAAGGAGUUUAAUGCCAACUGGAUUGUCAAGAAUUCGGAGACCAAGAUGAAAAGGGUUGUCACUUCGUUGGACAUCUCUUUUGUGAGUCUUUAUUUACUCAACUCGCAAGUUUAGCACGGCAAUUUACCAUGUCCGUCCAUGACGGGCAGAUUUCAAGAACCACGUAUUCUUGAUAACCUCAUGUCGUUAUAAAAAUUUCUAGUAUCAGAAUUUAAAUUUUACAAGUAAUUUACGCUAACAGUAUUACAAUCACAGUUUAAAUUUUUUCUAUAAUGCUCGGGGAAAGUUGUAAAUUUUUUAAAAGUGCAUUAUGAAUCACUGCCCAACUUGCAUCUUUUGUGUAAAGAAUGAUCAGAAAUUGUUUGUUGGAUUUGUUUUGUUGUAUUAAUAGAACCGAGACCGGCUCUUGUCAAGUAAAUUCCGUUUAGUUAUCCUAGAAGAAUUUCAGUGGCAUCUUAAUUCAAUAAGAUCGUAUGAUUAUGGACUUGUUGUUGGAAAAAAUGAGGAGGAGUGCACCGUCGAGAUAUUUGUCUCAGAACAUAUUCCAUUGAUUACUGGAUACGUUAAACAGUGUUUUCCACCAGCAAGAACAAUUAGAAUCAGUUCCUGGGUUCGCUUUUCAACCUGUAAGUAUGUGAAUGAUCACGAAUUUGCUAUCAAUCUGGUCCGAGUUCCAUUUCCAAAAUGUAUCAAGCGAUGCGCUUACGCAGAAGAGUUGGGACUUGUAAAAGUAAGUUUAAGGAUCAUGUGGUAUAAAGGAAGAGUAGUCCACCACAACGUAGUACCAACAACCGGAAAAGUACACCGAUAACGCUUUACACUUUGUUUGUGAAGGGACUUAUAUACAGUAAUUGUCGGCGAGUUGUCAUUUUUUUUGUUUCGAGUGUAACUUCACUCAGUCUCAACAAAAAUUCGGAUUUUUGUGCUUUUAAGGAUCUCAACGCGACACUAUCGCUUGUGGUGCUCCAAAAUUUCGCGGUUACAGAGCGUCUACAUAGCCAAUUGUUAUAGUGUAAAACGAAAUGCGAACGUACAAUGGGAAUGUUUCUGCAUAAAUCAAAGUUCAUGGCGGGAAUUCAAGGCACGGUCCUUGGAGACUUGAAAUCAACAUAUCGCUGUUUCAUAUAGGAAUCUUUCUGUAAUUGCGCCAAGCCUAAUUAUGACCUUUUUCAGAUCGAACUUUACCAAUAUUGGAUUAAUGAGGACGAAGAUUGGACACUUGGAUGUGAAAUUGGCGACGAAGAACAUAUAAUUUAUAAUCCUGAACAAAUUAAACUGCAGAGAUACAACAAUCCUCUGAUUACAUACAGCCGGAACAAACACAAAUUUUACCUUCGAAGUAUGAUUCUGGGAGGACAAUCUGCGCUACUUUAUACUAAAGAGCAGUAUUUGUUUAAAAAGCAGUGCGAGUAUAAUGGAUAUGGUUGUAAUAUGAAUCUUGAUCAGCUUCAAAGUUUCGAAUAUCCAAAAUAA